AUGAAUCAUCAUAAGCACAGAAAACUUGAUUCGUCCACCUUUCGACCUACCAUGCACUCUUUGUCGGUUGAUGAGGUAAUGAAUUUCUCACGCGAUGCUCUCUCUAAUGCUAAAGCUGUUAAUCUAAUUGUUGGAUUUUUCUCUGUGUUUGCAUUGAAUGAUAAUAAAAAGAUUUUGUUAGAGCCUUAUAAUUAUCUUAUAGCUAAUCCUGGAAAAGACAUUAGGGGCAAGUUGAUCGAUGCUUUCGAUCAUUGGCUUAAAGUGCCCAAAGACAAAUUGUCUACUAUUACCACUGUUGUUGAAAUGUUGCACACUGCCAGUUUAUUAAUCGAUGACGUAGAAGACGAUUCGGUUUUACGCCGUGGUGUUCCUGUUGCUCACUCUAUAUACGGCGUACCUGCAACUAUAAACUGCGCGAAUUAUGUUUAUUUCCUUGCUUUAAAUGAACUCACAAAAUUUGAUAAUUCGGAAAUGCUCAAAAUUUACACGUCCGAACUAAUAAACUUGCAUCGUGGCCAAGGAAUGGAAUUACAUUGGAGAGAUACAUUGUCAUGCCCUUCAGAAACUGAAUUCAUUGAAAUGAUUCGUGAUGAUUAUAUGAAUUUGCAAUCGAAAAAGUAUGCUGAUAACAAAGGUUUUUGUGAAGACUUGACUGAAGGAAAAUUCUCUUUCCCUAUUAUACAUUCAAUUCAUAGUGAUCCUAAUGAUAGAAGAUUAAUCAAUAUAUUGAAACAGCAUACAACUUCUAUUGAUUUAAAACAAUAUGCUAUCAAUAUAAUGACUGAUACCGGAUCUUUUGAAUAUACUCGUAAUUAUUUGGCAAAAACUGAAAACUCGGUUCGCGAAAAAAUUAAAACACUUGGCGGAAAUCCUUUGUUGGAAAACAUUAUUGACCUUUUAACUAUUAAGGAAUAA